AUGACCACUAGUGGCACUACUGGUACUGAAAAGAAGUUGAGUUCUGGUGACCGGCUGCACUCGGGAGCAGAAGCCAUAGCUUCCCAACAUCAACCAGCAACAAAAUUUGGAAGUCAGAGCAAUUAUUCUAUGUCCUUCUGUGCUAUUGUAGCAGAAGAAAAUCAUACAAAUCCUGGGCACACGGGACCAUUUUCUGCAGCCUCUGUGCACAAUAGCAUUCCAAAUCCGACCAGCCCCACCACUGCUAGUUUGGCUGGUGCAAACAGAGGGCCCACCAGUCCCACAGUUGCUACAAUAGAGUUGAUUCCUUCGGUGACUAACCCAGAGAACCUUCCUUCACUUCCAGAUAUCCCACCCAUUCAGCUGGAUGAUGCUGGAUCGAGUACGUUAGAUAAUUUGUUGAGCAGAUUUAUCUCGGACAGUCAUCACCACCCACCACCACUGCCACCACCAGCCUCCUCCAGUUCAAACCCAUCCCCUGGACCCUCAGCACCAUCCCCUGGACCAGCAAUUGCAGCCUUAGCAAUGGCUAACUCCCACACUCCAGUCAGACCCUCGAGUACUUCUAGCACUGGUAGCAGAGGCAGCUGUAGCUCCUCUGGUAAAGCUCAAGGUACAGAGAGGGGGAUCUCAGUCUUUCGACCAGACCAAGUCAAAGUGAAGCAAGAACCAGGCACGGAGGAUGAUGUGUGCAGUUUUACUGGUGCUUCUGUAAAACAUGAGCAUUUAGAAGAUGGCCGGAGAAGCGCUUGCAUGAUGAGUAGUCCUGAAAGCAGCUUGACACCACCUCUUUCCAACAACUUGCACUCUGAGAGUGAGACUGAUAUCGAAGGGCUUAGGCAAGUUGAAAACCACGUGAAGAUGGAGACUUCUGACAAGACGGGAAGUUGCAGGCAACUGAAUAAUGCUGUAAAUGGAAAAUCACCAAUCCGUAACUUUGCGCAUCGCUCACCACGAGCUGGAGGGGACAACAGCAAUAAUAAGGAUGAAGAUCCUAAUGAGGAUUGGUGUGCUGUAUGUCAGAAUGGUGGAGAUCUUCUGUGUUGUGACAAGUGUCCAAAGGUUUUCCAUCUUGCGUGUCACGUACCUACACUUCUCAACUUUCCUAGUGGGGAGUGGAUCUGCACGUUUUGUCGGGACCUGUCCAAACCAGAAGUGGAAUAUGAUUGUGACAAUUUGUAUCAUAUAAAGAAGGGAAAAACUGGACCAAGCCUGGCUCCAGUUGACCAAAGGAAGUGUGAGCGUCUCCUGUUAUAUCUUUAUUGUCAUGAAAUGAGCAUCGCAUUCCAAGAACCUGUUCCUUCCUCUGUUCCGGAUUACUACAGAAUAAUUAAGAAUCCAAUGGAUUUAUCCAGAGUGAAAAUGAAAUUGCAGAAAAAGCACUCGCAACAUUACCAAACACCAGAGAACUUUGUAGCUGACAUUAGGCUCAUUUUCAAGAACUGUGAAAAAUUCAAUGAAGUUACCCUAUUACCUGGGGUUCAAAAUGGUCCUCAAGCCCUCAUGAGGACCAAAGAAAGGGAAAUGAGAACCAAGGCAGAUUCAGAGGUAGCCCAGGCUGGAAAGGCUCUAGAAAGCUAUUUUGAAACAAAGCUACAGGUGGUUUAUUCAGACAGAACCUUUACACCUCUGGUAGAAUCAGAUUCCGACCACGAAGAUGAAGCUCAUAUCAGUGAGGAUUCAGACGAUGACUUCGUUCAACCUAGGCGAAAACGGCUAAAGUCUGAUGACAGACCAGUGCACAUUAAAUAACUUUCUCCACCUUUCAGGGGAAGAUGAACUUCUUGGACUUCUCCUCUUUUUUUCUGUUCACAGGAUGUGAUCGAUACUCCCGUGGCUAUCUGCUUGUUGGUUGUAAAAGCUGAUACCCACCACACAGUAUUUAUUAGAGUUUUAAAAUGUUUUUGUACAAAUAAACAAAACUUUGUUGCAUUUGUUCAUUAUCUAAAUACUGAGAGUCUUUCCGGAUUUUGUUCCUUUUUUAAAAAAAAUCCUUGCUGAUGUAAUUAUUUGAUUCUUUGUGCUAAACGUUGUAGAUGGCAUAUAUUUUAUUGGCAUGCACAAGGAACUACACAAAUAUUUAAUUUACAUAUUCAGAAAUGGAAAUUUUCUUUGUAAGAUGGUAACAUUUCACGCAAUUAUCAGGUUAGAUAAACACAGUAGCUCUUGCCUUCCAGGUGCCUGCUCUCAGUUACCUUUUUUCAGCUACCAAGUGUUCAAUUCAAAUCAGAUGCAAGAUCUGUAAAUGCUAUCUAUUGAAUGUCAUGGGGAUUUAUUAAUUUCUGGUGAAGUACAUAUGUGCACUACAAUAAUAGCUGCCAUUACCACGUUUUAACUUGAAGGACCACUAUAGCAUCUCUUCACAUUAUAAAAGUACAAGAUUUGUUUAUCUUAACAAGACCACUCUAAAUAGAAGCUUAUUUCACAAGUAUAUUAGUACAUUUUUGUUCGACUUUGUAGUUAGAAAACUGCAAAGCUGCCACUUUAUGCCAUAAUCUGUGGAAUGGCCGGAACACUCAAAACUUAUUCUGUGUUGCCACAGACACACUGCGCCAUUAACUUGAAAUUUCAAGUGGUUUAUUUGCUGCAGAUAUGUUUUCAUACUUUUUAAAGUAAUGGGAAUUUUGAGGAAAUGGAAGCAUAGAAAUAAGCCCUUUUCCUGGCAUGUUAAUCUGGUUCUAUCUGUGCUGUUGAUUUACUAUUAAAUGUCUAAAGUGGGUCAAGUCCAAAAUUUGGCACAAUCUAAAUUAAAAACAGAAUUGUGUAUUACUUCAGAAGAAAAGGGACUGGUAUGAUCUUGUCAUUUCUAAACAUGUGAAGAGUUCCAGUAUUUGACUGUCAAACACUUAAAGCUUCGUUGUUAAUAUUGAAAAUGAUGCCAUUGGAUGCAGUGGCUUUUUUUUUCUAUUGCCCUCUAUCCUUUAGAAUCGUGACUUGGCUUCAGUAGAGACUGCUGGCUCUGCUAUCCUUGCUAGCUGAGGCACUCCGACUGAACUAAGUUUAGUCAGCCUCAUCCCGGUUCUUAAUGGGUAUAGGCUUGCAAAACAAAACUGUUCAUACUAACUUUAUGUAAUGCAUGCAUUAGAGGAUGGUUGGUGCCAGCAAUAAGGUGCAUAAUGUUAAUAGCACAACAGGCUGUGACCUUUAAAAAUUGCACUCCGUGCCUUUUUUGCUAAACAGUCUAAAAGGAUGUAAUUAUAGUUUGAAAAGAUAUGCCCUGAAUUUGGUCCUGGCCUUUGUCUAGACAAAAAAAAAUUAAGUUUACAUUAAAAUGCUAGCAGCAAGUUGGAACUUUCUUCUAACUCGCUUCAUGCUUUGUCCUGGUUCAACAAGUGAUCUGCAGCACCUGUGUGCUUAGCUUUUAUUUGCAAGGAACAGGUUUUUACUUAGAACAAUGGAUCUUGCACGAAACUGUGUUGUGCUAAAUGUCUAAUCAACUCUACCUGACUGGGAAAUGUGUGCCACUGAUGAUAAGAACCAAAAAUGUGCACAGACAGGAAUGAAACCACCAUCUCUUACCUUGAUCACAAUGAACAAUUUGCUCAUACAAUUUAAAAAUAAAAGAUGAAAGUCAUGUAUUUGCACGUGGUUGUUUCUAGUUUUGUAAAUUGGUCAGAAGUAAAUGAAAAUAAAGCUAUUCAAUUCUUCUUAUUUUAAGUGUGCAAGUACAUGAGGCUUAAAUGCUCUUUUAAGUGAUUUGAUGCCCAUUAGUGAUUUUUAUUUUCAGUUAAUUUACAUAAUUCAUUAGAAAUAUAAAGUUUGGUUAUUGGAUAAACACUGAUAUCAACUAGCUAAAGGGUUGUUAGAAGUUCUAUAAUGUUAAUACUUGGAUGCCCAUUAUUGUAUGAAUGUUAAAUCCUGACCUCUAAAUGAGAAGUAUAGUAUAAAUAUAUAUUGCACCCUGAAGUAGCGACAUUUACACUACAGUUUCAGCAUUAAUAAAUUAAAUCAUUUGACACAGUCAUGAUAUAUGAAAGAAACUCUAGAAGUAGUACAUGUAUUUGAUAUCUUAAUCAAAUAGUCACUCUUCAGAUUUGUUUCCUUUCAUCUACUAAAGCAAAGUAGUUUUGUUUUGUGAAACUAGCCAAGUUAUGAACUUCCUUUUUCCUAAUUUUGUUACUCUCAGAAGUAUUUAUAACUGGUUUUCUGCUUGCAUUAGAAAUAAUAACAGUAGGAAUAUUUCCAUGGAUUAUGUAUAUUUGGUGAUUUAUCCUUCUAAUAUUGCCAUAGUACAAAUGAUAUCUUACAAUAAAUGUUAACUUCUGAAAAGAUAUGUGCCCACAUUUUGGGCAUAUAUCUGGGUACCAUUUAUUUUUCUGGUCAUUUAAUCUAUGACUCAACUGUUUUUGUUGUCCCCACGCAAGAUAGACUUUAAUCUGAUUGAAGCUCAAAUGCAUCCUUGAACCAGUUUGUGAAUGGUAACCCUUUUUCAUAAAUUUUCUUUCCCUGUUUCUCUUUUGCAAUAUUUUUCUCUCAUCCAGUAUUGUUACUAUUUUAAUCACUGAGCUUUUGACUAUUCACUUCUGUAUAAACAGCAGUCCAUAAUGAGCUGUUGGCCAAGAACAGAUGGUUGUUCAGGGUAACCAUAAGCAAAUAUCAGUGUUAUGCUUCAAAAUGCAAAACUUCAUAUGGGAUCUUUUGAAUCAAGGAUUUACAGUUUUUACCAGUGCUUCAACAGUACCUUCCCUAACUUGAUAAUUACUUGUCAUUUUCAUUAGGAGUAAUCAAAUUUGCAUUGCAUCCAUAAUGUUGAUGUCUUGUGGCCCACACUGAAUGUGUACUCUAAACCAGGGCCAGAAAGGACUGAUGCUGCUACAAUACCCCAGUUUGAAAGAGAGGAUAGUUUUAAGCAUGUAGUAUUUGAGGCAAAAUGCUUGUUGGCAUUCUGAAGUUAUAAUAAAAGCUUAUUUAUAAGUUGCACUUUCUUUAAAUCUUUUAAUUUAUAAUAGGAAUGUGUGCUAUUCCUUGACUUGCAGGUUUUGGACAAAUCAAAUGUGCAGUCCUAAUUAUGGUUAUUACUCAUGCAGGGUUGAAGUUGAAAAAAGUCUGAGAUUUGAUUGUAAAGCAAUUGUUAUUUUUGGUUAUAAAAAGCUGCUUGUGUAUGCCAUAAAAAUAUAGAGCCUCCUUAGCUACUGAUCACACUCUUAUGUCGAUCGUCCUAUGGAUGAAUUUUAAUCGACAUCACCUGUCUUUUUUUUAAAUGAUUGCCAGUUAUAACUGUUGCAUCCGCUGUGUUUUUUUUGCUAUUUUGUAACUUAAAGUUUACAGUAUUUUUGUCAGAGUUAUUUAAGAGCCUGUCAUCAGUUUGUAAAUAUUAUCUGUUUUAAAAUAUUGCAGAAUGUUGUGUUGUAGAUGAUGAAAGUUGUUGCAUUAGAACAGACAAAUGCUUUAAUUGGAAACUUUCUCCUUAGUCAUUUCUAUUAAAUUGUACAGCUGGCAAGGGGCAUGUAGUGAUGGAGUGUUUUUCUUGUGCCAAAAAAGCAGAUGUGACCUUCAAUGCAGCCAUAGAACACCGUCCCAGCCCUCAAAUAAAAAUCAAGGUGUCAUUUCUGUUGAAA